AUGGACAGCAAGGACCACGUGUCAGUUGUUGGUUUCGGAUUCUGCUGCUGCUCCUUCUACUCACAGCUGAAUGGCAACACCUGUAUUGCCCUGGUCAACACCGGCUCCACCAUCAGCUUGGUGAAACCAGGGGUCCUGGGGGAAGAAAUACAGUGGAUGUCAACGGAAGUAAAGAUGGAGACAGUUACAGGCCAGUGUGCUAGAAUGAAGGGGAGAAGUAAACUGACCCUGAAGAUGGGAGGAACAGAAGUACAGCAAGAAUUUUGGCUAGCAGACAUACAAGAGGGCUGUAUCCUUGGACUGGAUGCUUUGAGAGCCAUUGGUGCGGUGGUAUGGGCGGCUGGACCACAGCUGGAGGUGGGCAACCAAGUGCUGAAGGCCAUUACCGUGAAUUCAGAGCUUGACAAGUUACAAAUCAACUUCCUACAGUUUUCGGAGCACUACUGGCUAGAAGUUGCCAUAUAUGUGACGGGAGAUGAAAAGAAUGAGACAGACAUCAGCACUUGGCUCUACCACCUGUUCCAUAAUCACUUGGAGAGCUGCCUGUCCCCCAACCCUGCAGAACCAAACACCACAAGCUCAACAGGCUUUCUGCAAACCACAUCUGUCAGCCCAUCCUAUUACCCAACCCAUAACAUGACAACGUGGUCAUAUGACAACACGACAACUACAGCACCUCGCAACUUUACCACGGUGCCUCUAACUCCGAACUACAGCUCCACAACCUCAUCAAAUAACGUCAGCACCAUGACAAACCUACAUAGUGGGAAAAGUACAACGAGUGAUGUCAAAACGACAUGGUCAUAUGACAACACAACUACAGCACCUCACAACUUUGCCACGGUGCCUCAAACUCAGAACUACAGCUCCACAACCUCAUCAAACGACGUCAGCACCAUCACAAACCUACAUAGUGGGAUAAGGCCAUCUGCUCCUUCAACACACGUCACGUCCUCAUACAAUCACCAUACAACUCUUGAUGCUAACUACAGCAUGACGACAAACAACACAACCAGUACAACGAGUGAUAAUAAAAUGACCACUGUCAGUCUAUUCCAGGGACUGGAAGUUUCAUGCAUCAAUAAAACUCAGAUAAGGAAGACUAUCUGCACUGUGUUGCUGAAGCUGAGGCAGCGCAUAUAUCCCUGUUGCAUCCUCCAUUCGCUGUGUCUGGGUGGGAAAAACUCCACAAACAUCCAUGUGGUGGGAAAACGUGUGGAAAGCGUGGGGAGGUUGCGUCAGAGAAACGACACCACAGAGUGCAAUAGUUUCUCCAAACAUCCCAACGUUUGCAUCUCUACUGGUCCUGUCAAUGUCUCCUGUCCAAAUGCAACAUCUGCUCCAUUUCAAAUAUCUGUGCUGCCAAACACCACGUUCAACCCUACAAACACAACUUCAACCCCAAAGAAUGCCACAACCACUGCCCCAGACACCACCACAGCUGCUGCUAAUGUCACAGUGACAAUAAAACCCAACACAACUAUCACAACAGUCACCACUGUAAAUGUGUCGAGCUCUGAUAUGUCAUCUAUGGGUCCAACAACAGCCCCUGUAACCAGCAUACCAGGAUCAUCAGCCACAACAGAGAGCAGUGAGGGGCAAGCCAACAAGCUGCUAGAGCUUACUAGAGAUGUGUCCAGCCUCAACUCUAGCCAGGUGGACCUACUCGUGUCCCAGUUGGAGGAUCUUUUGGCCGGGCCCACCGUCAGCCUGGCUUUGGGAAACACCACCAUCCACAUUGUGAGCAAUCUGCUGGAUGCUUCUCCUGACACACUGGCUUCCUCCUCCAGCAGGAUCAUACAGAUUGUCGAUACAGUGGGGUUGAAGCUGGUUCUUCAAGAAGAAGCUGAGACCAUCCUCUCCCAGGCUCUCGCUCUGUCUGUGAAAACAGUAGAUGGCAGUAAUUUUCAAGAAACAUUUUUUUCCAUUUCAAACCCUAGCAAUGUACAGGUUCACGGGGAUUCAAGAACCAGGAGGCAUGUGAGGAAAGAGUCGUCCACCCCACAAGGGUCCAUCAAACUCCCACCUUCUCUGACAGAAAACCUCACCACUGAGCAGCAGCAGAUGGCCUCCAGAGUCCAGUUCAACUUCUACCAGAAGAACACAGUGUUUCAGGACAGAGCAAUGGGAGGGCGCAGGCUGAAUAGUGGGGUCCUGGGGGCCAGUGUGGCCAACCUGUCAAUUAAAAAUCUGCAAGAGGAUAUUGUAAUUCACCUGAAGAACACAGCGCCUAUUCCAGGUAAUUUUGUGGCUACAUGUGUCUUCUGGGAUUUUACGCGAAAUGAUGGAUCCGGUGGUUGGAACCCAAAUGGCUGCCGUGUACGGAACAGCACAGACAGUGAAACUAUCUGUGGAUGUAGCCAUCUAACAAGCUUUGCUAUACUGCUGGACCUCUCAAGAAAACCCAUAACCAGCCGGGUCCAGGCCAACAUCCUUACCUACAUCACAUAUAUCGGCUGUGGAAUCUCUGCCAUCUUUCUGUCUGUCACACUCCUCACCUAUUUGGCCUUUGGGAAGCUGCAGAAGGACAUCCCAUCUAAACUCCUCAUCCAGCUGUGCUUUGCUCUGUUGCUGCUGAACUUGGUGUUCCUCAUGGAUGCAUGGCUGGCUCUCUACCCAGAAGCUGUGGGCCUUUGCAUCUCCACCGCCUGGUUCCUUCAUUAUUUCCUGUUGGCCUCUUUCACCUGGAUGGGGCUUGAGGCCGUCCACAUGUACCUGGCCCUUGUUAAGGUUUUCAACACCUAUAUAUCGCACUACAUGCUCAAGUUCUCGCUGGUCGGCUGGGGCAUCCCGCUCAUUGUGGUCAUCAUCGUUAUUGCGGUUGACAAGGAUAACUAUGGCCUUGUUACCUAUGGAAAGUUUACUGAUGGCUCAACAGAUGGCUUCUGUUGGCUGAAAAAUGACGUCGCCUUUUAUGUGGCAGUGGUGGCCUAUUUCUGUGUAAUUUUUCUGUUCAACCUCAUCAUGUUUGCUGUGGUGAUGGUCCAGUUAUGUCGGAUAAAGAGGCAGAACCCCCACAACAUGCACCAUCGCAAUGUGCUGCACGAUGUACGUAGUGUGGCGGGGAUCACCAUCCUCCUGGGCCUCACUUGGGGCUUUGCCUUUUUUGCCUGGGGGCCGGUCAACCUCCCUUUCAUGUACCUCUUUGCCAUCUUCAACUCUUUUCAAGGGUUCUUUAUAUUUGUGUUCCAUUGUGCGGUGAAGGAAAAUGUGAGGCAGCAGUGGAGAACCUAUCUGUGCUGUGGCAAACUGAGAUUGGCAGAAAACUCCGAAUGGAGUCGUACUGUGACACAAAAAACUGCAAAGAAAUCAUCAGUUACCAGAGUAACAUCUCUUCAGUCUUUCAAGUCGUCCCAGUCCAAUAACUCCUCCAAUUCCUCCUCUUUCCUCGUCAGCGACUACUCUGAGCAGCUCAGUGGCAUUGGCAGUCCAUCUGGAGACAGAGCCAUCACAGUGGAUGAAGACCCCGGCUCAGAUGUGGUCCUCAACGAAAUCAACAGGCAGUUCAGAAAUCAGCAGGCAUCUUUACAUGUCUGA